ACCUAGUACAGAAAUGUAGCCUACUGCAAGAAGCAAGAAGAUCUUCUGGAAAUCUUUACUUUCUCUGUACUCUGUAGAUAAUUUGCUUCAGGCAAGAGAUUUUUGGGUGCUGCUGAAAUUUUGGAGAUCUGGGAAAAUGGGAUAAUAACAUGACACCAGCUCUUAAGCAGCAACAUCUGCUGUGGUUCAAAGCCACACGAAGAAAGCUGCUUAAGCAGUUGAAUGUUUUGGACUGCACGGACAAGUGUGGUUCAACUGCAAAGACUGCGUGCGGAAUAGAGGAAACUUACAGUUUAAAGAAGUUUAAAAAUGGAGUCGUGGAAGAUGAGCCUCUUUAAGAGACAAACAUCACCUUGUCCUCCAAACUAUCGAAGAUCUUUGUCAGAACCUGCUUAUGCAAAUUCAGACAUAGAAACAAGCUUAAAGAGUUAUCCAUGGUGUGGUCCAGUGAAAAGCAAGAGGAAGAAAAAUGAACACACUGUUUCUAAUCUAGGAAAGCCACUGGGUGCUUAUCGGUGGCAAACAUACUCCAGCUUUAGGUGGAAAGGGGGCAAAAGGGAGAGAUUGCAAAAUAAUAAAGGAGACUUGGAUGAACCACAACAGAAGGUCCUGCCAAAGAUGGUUGAUAAUAAUGCUUCUUCCUCUGCUAAUGAGGUCCUUCGAACAUCGACAGAGAAGCUGAACCUAGUCAACACCCAGUCACUUCGGGUUCCAUUCACCAGAUCUAUUUCAGAGCCGGAACCUCGCUGCAGUAUCAGAUUUGUUAGACCGUGGCCGACUUCAGUGAGAUCUGUGGAGUCUGAGCAGCAGGGAUAUUUCAUCCGUGGCAUUUUCUCUACUCUGUCCAGUGGCUUCUCCAGGAUGCUGAGUCUAAAAGGAGAGUCAACCAAUGAGCCAGUAAGAGAAGAUGUGAAAGGGCCACCUACCCAUCGUCUGUCUUGUGGCCAGUCACCCUAUACUGAGACGACAACAUGGGAACGAAAGUAUUGCAUCCUCACAGACAGCCAAUUGGUGUUGCUCAACAAGGAGAAGGAGAUACCUGUGGAGGGAGGACAGGAGCAGCAAACAGAUUCCACCAAAGGGCGAUGCCUGCGGAGAACUGUCAGUGUCCCUUCCGAGGGUCAGUUUCCUGAGUACCCACCAGAGGGCGCAGCUAAACUGGAGGUGCCAGCAGAAAGGUCCCCCCGCAGACGGAGUAUCUCAGGGACCAGUACAUCAGAAAAACCCAGCUCCAUGGACACUGCAAAUACCUCACCCUUCAAAGUACCAGGAUUCUUCAGCAAGCGCCUGAAAGGCUCCAUCAAGAGGACCAAAAGCCAAUCAAAGCUUGACAGAAACACGAGCUUUCGGCUUCCAUCUCUUCGUAAUGCAGAUGACAGGUCUCGUGGGCUGCCUAAACUAAAGGAGUCACGUUCUCAUGAAUCCUUGCUGAGCCCGUGCAGUGCAGUGGAGUGUCUGGAUCUUGGUAGAGGGGAGCCUGUAUCAGUGAAACCACUCCAUAGCAGCAUCCUUGGACAAGACUUCUGCUUUGAGGUUACCUACUUAAGUGGCAGUAAAUGCUUCAGCUGCAACUCCGCUUCAGAGAGAGAUAAGUGGAUGGAAAACCUUCGCAGGACAGUUCAACCAAAUAAGGACAAUUGCAGACGAGCUGAAAAUGUUCUUCGUUUAUGGAUCAUUGAAGCCAAGGACCUUGCCCCUAAAAAGAAAUAUUUCUGUGAACUGUGCCUUGAUGAUAUCCUCUUUGCUCGUACAACCAGCAAGACCAAAGCAGACAAUAUUUUCUGGGGUGAACAUUUUGAAUUCUACAGCCUUCCACCUCUUCAUAGCAUCACAGUUCACAUUUAUAAAGAUGUGGAAAAAAAGAAAAAAAAAGACAAGAAUAAUUAUGUAGGGUUAGUCAACAUCCCCACUGCCAGUGUGACUGGUCGCCAAUUUGUAGAAAAGUGGUAUCCAGUGAGUACACCUACACCCAACAAAGGAAAGACAGGAGGACCUUCUAUUCGGAUUAAAUCACGUUUCCAGACUAUCACCAUUCUGCCUAUGGAACAAUACAAAGAAUUUGCAGAAUUUGUCACCAGCAACUAUACCAUGCUGUGUUCUGUCCUUGAACCGGUAAUUAGUGUGAGAAAUAAGGAAGAGUUGGCCUGUGCCUUAGUGCACAUUCUUCAAAGUACUGGCAGAGCCAAGGAUUUUCUGACCGACUUGGUGAUGUCUGAGGUGGAUCGUUGUGGAGAGCAUGAUGUCUUGAUCUUCAGAGAGAACACCAUUGCCACCAAAUCCAUUGAAGAAUACCUCAAGUUGGUGGGACAACAGUAUCUUCAUGAUGCAUUGGGGGAGUUCAUCAAAGCUUUAUAUGAGUCAGAUGAGAACUGUGAAGUGGAUCCCAACAAAUGUUCAUCUAGUGAACUGAUAGACCAUCAGAGCAACCUGAAAAUGUGCUGUGAGCUGGCCUUCUGCAAGAUCAUCAACUCUUACUGCGUUUUCCCUCGUGAGUUGAAAGAAGUGUUUGCAUCAUGGAAGCAGCAGUGCCUGAACCGCGGCAAGCAAGACAUCAGCGAGCGGCUCAUCAGUGCCUCAUUGUUUCUCCGUUUUCUGUGCCCAGCCAUUAUGUCUCCCAGUCUUUUCAACCUUAUGCAGGAGUAUCCUGAUGACCGCACGUCUCGGACUCUGACUCUAAUUGCCAAAGUCAUUCAGAACCUGGCUAACUUUGCCAAAUUUGGUAACAAAGAGGAGUACAUGGCGUUCAUGAAUGAUUUUUUAGAACAUGAAUGGGGUGGAAUGAAGCGCUUUCUCUUGGAGAUCUCUAAUCCAGACACCAUCUCAAACACCCCAGGCUUUGAUGGUUACAUUGAUCUAGGCCGAGAGCUUUCAGUUUUGCAUUCCUUACUGUGGGAAGUAGUUUCCCAACUUGAUAAGGGUGAAAAUUCCUUCCUACAGGCGACUGUGGCAAAAUUGGGACCUCUCCCUCGUGUUCUUGCUGAUAUUACCAAGUCUCUGACUAAUCCUACACCAAUACAACAGCAACUGAGACGCUUCACUGAGCAUAACUCCAGUCCAAAUGUCAGUGGAAGCCUCUCCUCUGGGCUGCAGAAAAUAUUUGAAGACCCCACUGACAGUGAUUUGCAUAAACUAAAAUCUCCAACCCAGGACAACACAGAUAGCUAUUUCAGAGGGAAAACAUUGUUGCUGGUUCAGCAAGCCUCCUCCCAGAGCAUGACUUAUUCUGAAAAGGAUGAAAAGGAAAGUAGCCUUCCUAAUGGUCGGAGCAUCUCCCUCAUGGACCUUCAGGACACUCACGCUGCUCAAGUGGAGCAUGCAUCUGUCAUGCUUGAUGUGCCUAUGCGCCUGACCGGAAGCCAGCUUUCCAUAACCCAGGUGGCCAGCAUCAAACAACUGCGGGAAACCCAGAGCACUCCCCAGAGUGCACCCCAAGUGAGAAGGCCCCUGCAUCCAGCCUUGAACCAGCCAGGCAGCCUCCAGCCCUUGUCAUUCCAGAAUCCUGUCUAUCACCUCAGUAACCCAAUUCCAGCAAUGCCAAAGGCCUCUGUGGAUUCUAGUUUGGAGAACCUAAGCACUGCCAGUUCCAGAAGCCAAAGUAACAGUGAAGACUUCAAACUCAGUGGACCCAGCAAUAGCAGCAUGGAAGAUUUCACCAAACGUAGCACUCAGAGUGAGGACUUCUCCAGGCGGCACACUGUGCCCGACAGACACAUACCUCUUGCUCUGCCACGGCAAAAUAGUACUGGGCAGGCCCAAAUUCGAAAAAUGGACCAGGCUGGGUUAGGUGCCCGAGCCAAAGCCCCACCAUCCCUGCCACACAGUGCUUCCUUACGUAGCACAGGGAGCAUGUCGGUGGCAUCUGCAGCCCUGGUGGCCGAACCUGUGCAGAAUGGGAGCCGGUCCCGGCAGCAGUCCUCUUCCUCCAGAGAGAGCCCUGUUCCCAAAGUGAGAGCAAUCCAGAGACAACAGACACAGCAGGUUCAGUCACCUGUGGACUCUGCCACAAUGUCCCCAGUGGAGAGGACAGCAGCCUGGGUGCUGAACAAUGGGCAAUAUGAAGAGGAUGUGGAAGAAACGGAGCAAAAUCAAGAUGAAGCCAAGCAUGCUGAGAAGUAUGAACAGGAAAUUACUAAACUGAAGGAGCGCCUGAGAGUGUCCAGCCGGCGGCUGGAGGAGUAUGAACGCCGGUUGCUGGUGCAGGAGCAGCAGAUGCAGAAGCUGCUGCUGGAAUACAAGGCCCGGCUAGAGGACAGCGAGGAGCGGCUCCGCAGGCAGCAGGAAGAGAAAGACAGCCAGAUGAAAAGCAUCAUCAGCAGGCUAAUGGCUGUGGAAGAAGAAUUGAAAAAGGAUCAUGCUGAGAUGCAAGCAGUUAUUGAUGCGAAGCAAAAAAUAAUUGAUGCACAGGUCAUAAAUGGAAAUGAGAUUAUUCAAACAGGAAAAACGGAUCGUGUCCCUGGAUUCGGCCAACACCAGACUGAUGAGCGCGCUGACCCAAGUGAAGGAGCGAUACAGCAUGCAGGUCCGCAAUGGCAUCUCCCCCACCAACCCCACCAAGCUUUCCAUCACGGAGAAUGGUGAAUUCAAAAACAGCAGCUGCUGACGGGCUUUCUGAAUAGACAGACUGUGGGGGGAGACAGAAGGAAAUUUCCCGCUCUCCUGUCCCCAAGCCCUUUACCCAACCCCACCAGGUUUACAGAAUGUUGCUACUUCAGAAGCAGUGUGGCGAGAAACUCUUGAAUGAAGAAAGGAAGCUUGUCUUUCAGGGCACAAGGCUAAGACUUCCAAGGUCGAUGCUUUCCCCCCAUGUCUCUAUGUACAUAGGGAACUCAGUUCUGGGCCAUGUACAGAAAAUACCACUGUAAUAUACCAAAAGGAAGUUAAUAAUGUAGAUUACCUUUUUAAUUAUUGCUAUUUUUAUUAUUGUUUUCCUCUUUGUUGAAAGCACUGCAGUUGUUAGAGGAGAAAAGUAGGAACUAUGUGUGAGUGAGAAAUGAGCCCAGGGGUUCAGUAGGUGGAGACCAAGUGUCUGUGUGAUAGAAGCACAUGGCGUGCAAUAGGACAUUGUCAGAAUGAAUUUUUCAGGGAUUCUUCUGCCCACUCUGGCCCCCUUGUCCUUUAGGAAAACAUGCAAAUACCAAGAUCCAAACGAAACAGUUUAUCCCAUUGAUCAAUCAAGACUGGUUCUAGAUGGAUGGCUGAUCUGAUUUGGGGAUGCACUGUUUUAGAGGACACAGAUAAGAGCUGUUGCAUCAAAACUGGACUUUAGGAGUAAUUUCUGUUGAACUCCUGUUGAUGUUUAUUUCCUUCUGUCAAUAGCAGAUGGGAAUUUUCCAUUUUAGAUAGGGGGCUUUUUUUUGACCCCAGUUGUAAUAAAGGGUGUUCUUUUUCCUCUUUAGAGUUUACAAAACUAUAAAUAUUUGUGUCUCUAUAUUCCAUUUUCAUCUUCACACACCCACUGCACUUUCCUCCCCCGUGGUGGGAGCAGUCAUCACCAACAGGGUUUACUCUCCCCUGGAGAGGUUAUUGAAAGAUGCUGUCCAUAAGCCAUCCGAAGUCAACAACCUUUCUUCCACACAGAAAAGGGCUAACCAUCCCAUAGCAGUGAUCUCUGAAUAUUUCCUAUUUA